UUGCAUUCCUCCUGCUCUGGUGAAAAGAGGAGCAGGGGAAAGAGAAAGGAAGCAGGAAUGCAGCUCCUUGGCCGGGCUCUCCACCUUCUCCUCUUGCUGGGGGCAUUUUCGGCAGAUAUGGUGGAUGGUGCCUGUGAUCCCAAAGCUGCUGAGAUUGUAGGGGGCACGUAUUCUCUACUGGAAGAUGGAACCAUAUUGAUAUAUGACUGUCCUCAGGGGCAAUAUCCGUAUCCGACACGAUUCCGGGUUUGCGAUCAUGGCCUCCAGUGGCGCCCCAUGACCGACAAGAACAAGAGGAUUGUCCAGCAGGCUGUGUGUCAAGAUGUCCGUUGUGUGAGGCCUCUCGAAUUUCAAAAUGGCCUAUAUGAGCCUUUGCAGCAUUAUUACAAUGUAAGUCAGGAGUUGAGGUUUACUUGCUACGAUGGAUACACACUGCGUGGACCCCAGAUACGUACCUGUCUCCCCAGUGGGAAAUGGAGUGGAGAAAUAGCCAUCUGUGAUGAUGGAACUGGUCAUUGUCCUGAUCCAGGAAUUCCAAUUGGUGCUCACAAGGAUGGCAUGGAGUACCGGUCAGGGAGCUCGGUCCGUUACCAAUGUUAUAGAGAGUUGUCCCUCAUUGGAUCCAAGGAACGCGUUUGCCAAAACUUAGGAACUUGGAGUGGAUCAGAACCAGAAUGUCGAAGCCCAUUCACCUUUGACUCUAAAGAAGACAUCUCCACCAAGUUCCUUCCAUCCCUCACUGAAGUUGCUGUGUCUGCCAGCCAAGGAGCAUCAGCUAACAACAGAAGCGACCCACUUAACAUCUACUUUGUCCUUGAUUCCUCACAAAGCUUUGGUACAGCAACAGUCACAAAGGCUAAGGAAGUGUUGGUCAAGUUAAUCGAGAAGAUCUCCAGCUAUGACCUCCUUCCCAAUUAUGGCAUUGUUACUUUUGCCACUGAGAGCAGAACUGUUCUAUCUACUGUUGAUCCACAGAGUAGCAAUACUGUCUGGGUGAUCGAAAAGCUGAGUUCCCUUAGCAGUGACGUACACAAGCUGAAGCCUGGAACCAACAUCAGAAAAGGCUUUCAAUCCGUCUAUGAGAUGAUGGUUUUGCAGGACUUGAAAGAGAAGCAGCAGGGGCUGAACCCCACUCCUGUAACCUCCACAGUACAUCAUAUCAUUAUCGUCCUAACUGAUGGCAACUACAACAUGGGGGGUUCCCCAGCUUCUGCUGUCCAGCUUAUGAAGGAGUUGCUUAACACUGGGAGACCUUCCCCAAACUCUCAUGAUGAUUAUUUGGAUAUUUAUGUCUUUGGUCACGGCCACAUCGUCAACACAGAAACUAUUAAUGAGUUGGCUUCUCACAAACCCAAUGAGAGACACAGCUUCAUUUUGAAGGACUUGGAUGAGCUACAAGAGGCCUUGGAGGAAAAAAUGGGUGAAGAUGAGUCUUUGCCCAUAUGUGGUUUCUCCCUGGGACCAGAAGCAGAAGAUGACAUUCAGAAGUACCCCUGGUUUGCCAGAGUCGCCAUUAAUGUAAGACCAAGUAGAACCAGGAUAGAUAUGUUUUUUAUGGGCAUAAGGCCAGCACAAAAACCACUUAUGAAAAUCGAGCCAAUCCAGUAAAAAUAACUUGAGCUGCAAAACCUGACCAGACAAAACCUAAAACCAGAAAUCAUUAAAAGAGGCCAAUGACAUAAA